UGAAAAGCUUUCUUUUUUUGUUUCAUUUUUGAGAGGCGGAACUGUUCUGUUGAGAUUCGUGGGGAAGGUUUUUCCAAUCGGACUCCUUUGCUGCUUACGUUUUCUAAAUAGAAACUACACUGGUGGAGGGAUGAGCCUCUCCCCUGUGAUUGCCACUGAAGUGCCAGAAACUGCUAACGGGGUUAUGAUACCCGUCUCUUCAGAAAACGGCCCUCACGUUACGAUCUCAGUGAAAUGUGGGAGGAACAGAGGGCUCUGUCCUGGGGAGGCGUCAGAAGAUGGAGCCCUCGGAUACACAGAGAGCCAUGUAGAUGGGGAAAGUAGAGUUUACGAUGGCGAAUACCGCUUGGAUACAAAGAUGUACAAUAAUGAGAGAACAUCUAAUUCAUCACACAGCUUUCAUGCGACAGACCUCUGCCUCCCUGCUGCCACACUCACAGAUGACUCAGAAUUAGGUUCCAAACACACAGGCAUUCCUGUGGUCUUUAACACUGUUAAGGCCCCUGGUGCAGCUCUGGUGUGGGACUCAACACAGCGGGCUCAAUUCAAAGACUCUUCUCAGCGAGAAUACAGACAUCAGACAGAGGCAAAGAGUGUAGAUGGAGGCACUGACAGCCAGCAAGAGAAGAAAGAUGGAGAGAAGAAGAAACAGGAUAACCAAGAACAGUGGAUUCAUCAGCAUGCAUCAGGACGAACAGAGGUGGAGUCUUCACGACACUACUCCUCCUCUGCCCCUGGUGCUAGCACCUCUUCCUCUUCUCCACCUCCUCUUCUUCCCUCGGAUGAUGCUCCUUGCCCCCCUCAUGUCAUGGCUCAGGUCUGGGUACGCAAUGUCCGGGGGAUGCAGGACAGCAAGAGCCUGGAUGAAAUCAGCCAAGCAUGUGGAGGUGGUUUAGGGGCCCGAGGAGGGGGCAGAGGUGGCCAGUCAGAGGGCCGACGGGCCACAAUCUCCUCGGCUCUUGAGCUAGAGGGGACUGUCAGUCAUGAAGGAGACCUGACUAACUUCAUUACCAAGAACCUGGAGCAGAAAAUCAAAAUGAGCUCCAAGCCCGGUCUCGACUGCAGUGACUCGGACUGUUCAGGUCCCAUCUACCGAAGCCGCGGGUUGUCACGGAGACCAGCUGAUAUUCCUCCUAUUGAUCCCGCUGUCCUACUGGAUCUUCAGAGACACACCCAAGAAGUGGCGCAAAGUGUUGAGAUGAUGAUGCAGAGCCUCAAUGGAACCAUCCAGAAUAUGACAGCUCUGAGUGUGGGCUACAUCCAGACCUACAGAGACUCAGUUGACAGCCUGGGAGAGUCUGUGGACAUGAGUAUAAAGGGCAUGUACACGCUGAUGGCUCGCUGCGAGGAGUUGGAUCGUUCCAUGCAGCCUAUACACACCCUGGCGGCACAAAUCCGCGACAUCAAACGCACCCUGGAUGCUCUGGAGGGUAUCUGCAAGUAACCCUACUUCUCCAGCACGCAUACACAUCCCAGCUGCAAAGAUCCAACAUCAAGCACAUCCUGGACAAGGUUGCAAGUAAACCCACUUUUCUGCAGCUACCACACACACACUGCAGUGAAGAUUAAGUGCACCUCUGGAUUCUUGUAACUGUUGCUACUAGGCAUGCUGGAUGAUUGGCGCUCAUGGUCCUUUCGCCUGUCCCAUCAGUUGAAGAUAACUAUGUUUGUCUUGUGAGAUAUCAAUUGAAUUGGGUUUGAUUUCAUCUCGAGUGAGCUUUCUCCUCUUUUGUUUUUUUUAAAAAGCAACCUCACUUCCUCUAUUGAAGUUGCUAUGAGCAAACAGAUCCUUGAAGAUGUGUGGUCAGUUGCUCUAUUUUCCUACUUUUAAGUCUAAGGAGUAAUAGUGUGUUAUUUUCCGUCCAGCCCGCUUCGUUCAGAUUGCACUAACCCUUUCUCCCCACAUGGGGGUGAUGUUUCUCCUCUGUGUGUGUCUUCAUUUUUGGAGGGGCCAGGAUGAACUGCUCAGAAGAAGGUGAUUUUUGCACAGAAACAGAAAGUCUAUUUUUUAAUGUUAUGCAACAAAUAUCCAAUGUUUUUCAAUGCAGGCUAAAUGAGAGGAGGGGAGCUUUAUGUCUGCCUGUCCAUCUUUUUUUUUUUUUUUUAUGUGUAUUUAUUCCGUUUCUGAGCAUGCUUGCAUUUUCAACUAAACUGUUACUCAUUGUCACUGGGAAAUGACCAGUACAACCACCACUGGUGGCCACUGAACAGUCACACUGGAGCAUUUUGUCAAAGGUAAUGAAAGUAUUUUCAUUUUUCUUCACUCUCAGACUGUCCAUUAAUUCAAAACUGUAUACCUUUAAAUCCCAGGUUUGCUUCUCUAAUUUAAAGCUUCCUCCAGACAUGUGCCAUAAGAUCCUAAAUCUGACUUUCCUCCUCUGUAUCAAUGCAGUGCAGAACAUAACUGGAAAAAUAUCUUGUAGACUACACAGUGGCUUUAAAUCCUUGUAAAGCUUCAGAUACUUAUAAUAUGACUUUAAAAUAUCAUCAAAACACCACAUGCAAGGCAGAUUCAUUUAGCCAUUUUUCAUGAAAUUUGAAGCUAUUGAAAAUGCUAAAAUUUCCACGCGUGCAAGUAGCUAAUAAACUGCUCAGUGUGUCAUUAAUUGGAUUGUUGUUUCAGUUUUGAUUCACGCAAUUUAAAGAAAUUAUAUAUGUAUUAGAAAAGUUAAAUUUUAAAUCCAUUAAUUCUUCUUGCCAGGUGAGGACUUAGCAGCUUAUCUUAAACCAUAUAUGAAUUAAUUUGUAGUUUUGGCUGUAAAUUUAAGUUUUAGUCAGUUAAGUUAGAAGUAAGAUUGUACUGAACAGUCACAGAGAAAUUACACAAACAACGGUUAAAUUGCUGUGAAGCAUGUACUCGCUUUUUGUUUUCUUUAGCUUUGAUAAGAAUGAAAACUUUCAACAAAGUAGAAUUAUAUCUGGGAAACAGCACUGGAUGUAGUUGGGACAAAGCCCACAAACUGUCUCACAUGUAACUGAUGACAAAGUAAUUUAUGCGCAUGGCUGUUGCUUUACCAACCUAAAGCCAUUUGCUGUCAUGGAGCAUUACCCUGUGCCAGUUAAGUCACUGUACUGGUGAAUGGGAUUUUGGGAUAUUUUAUCUACAAACCGUUAUCAGAGCAAUACUGCAGCAAAGUAAGUACACAUUUGAAUCAUGGCUCUGCAUUGCCUGAACUGUCUCUACCUGAGGCUCUGCACCUGUUAAUGUGUUUUCACUACUAUAGGAAAAGAUCAUGUUAUUGACUUCACAAAAAGCUGUAACUGCAUUCAUUGUAAAAUCUGCUCUUUGUUUCCUCGUCACUUUCCUUGACCUUGUCAGCAAAAAUAUGUGAAAAUUGUCGAGAGCUUAUAUUAGAGAAUAUAAUGAUCCUGGUUUCCCUUGAUAAUACUAAAAUUUACUCACAUGUCAGUGGUCGUAAAGAUGUAAAUGAUCUUUUGCAGAUUAAAGUAAAAAUGUAAAUUUGGGGUUGAGAAAGGAUUCUUGACAUGGGAGAUAUGAGAGGAAAUGUCAUUUUCUUGUUCAUGAUAUAAAUAAAUGUAUGAUUAAUGAAUUUUCUGUUGUACAAUCUGAUGCACCUGUGUAAAUAUGAUCUUUCUGUAACCAAAAAACAGUUUAGAUACCCUACAUCUUGUAUAUUUUAAUUAAAAUGACAAAUACAUUUACAUGA